AUGGACACCUUGGGCAAAACAAUUAUAUGCCGGGCGGCCAUUGCCUGGAAAACAAAUUCUCCUCUUGCAAUUGAGGAAGUUCAGGUGGAGCCUCCAAAGGCUGGGGAAGUUCGUAUUAAGCUCACAUCUACAGGGAUCUGUGGUUCUGAUGAUCAUGUACUGAAAGGAUUGCUCCCCAUGCAUUUCCCUUUAAUCCCAGGCCAUGAAGGAGCUGGUAUUGUGGAGAGUAUUGGCACAGGAGUGAGCUCAGUGAAACCAGGAGAUAAAGUCCUCACACUCGUUCUUCCACAGUGUAGAGAAUGCAAUUCCUGCUUGCACCUCAAGGGAAACUUCUGUGAGAAACAAGAUUUUCUACCUGCUUCUGGAUUAAUGAUGGAUGGGACGAGCAGAUUUACCUGCAAAGGAAAAAAGACCUCAUUCUCAGUCCUGUGGAUCCGCACAAGCACCUUCUCUGAAUACACUGUUGUGCCUGAGUUUUCCGUUGCAAAAAUUGAUGAUGCUGCUCCUAUGGAUAAAAUUUGUCUCAUAAGCUGUGAGGUACCUACAGGCUAUUGGGCUGCUGUUCACUCAGCCAAGGUCACCCCUGGUUCCAUCUGUGUGGUCUUUGGUCUUGGAGGAAUAGGCUCAGCCAUUGUCAUGGGCUGCAAAGCCUCUGGUGCUUCUAGAAUCAUCGGAGUUGAUAUCAAUGAGGAAAAAUUUCCCCGGGCAAGAGCCUUAGGGGUCACUGAUUGUCUGAACCCUCGGAACCUCAAGAAGCCAGUCCAGCAAGUGGUCAAGGAAAUGACAGUCGUUGGUGUUGACUUUGCCUUUGAGGCCAUUGGUCUCGUUGAUACCAUGUUCAAAGUAAUGAUCAUAAACAUGCUCACUGAACUUGAGAGAAGAAUGGAUGAAGACAGUGAGAACUUCAACAGAGAGAUAGAAACUAUAAGGAAAUACCAAAUAGAAAUCACAGAGCUGAAGAAUACAAUGACUGAACUGAAAGAUACACAAGAGGGAUUCAACAGCAGACAAUGA